AUGCCUCUGAAUUAUACUGCCUCUCAUGGACUAAUGCAAGUUCUUUAUGCGCUUAACAAUGAUCCAGCAGAGGGAACAGGAAUAUUACUACUACUUCUACAGGCCAAGAAUAUGUUGGGAACGGAAAUACCUACAGUUUUGGUAGAUUAUGCUGUUAACGUUCAAAUUAAUCUUUUCGGAGACUAUCCAACUAAGAAGGAUAUCGUUCCAUCAGCAAUAUUUGCUGCAGUAUUCGGUGUCUUCAUGCUAGCUCAUUUGUUUGUUUUCAUCGCCAAUGCUAAAAGAGGACAUUAUUUCUAUUUAUCAUUCGCAUGGAUCUUUUAUAAUCUUUUAGCAUUUCUUGGUUGGGUUUUUAGGGCUAUUUGGUCUAGAGAUAUUACGUCCAUUAAGAUUGGAAUUGCAGGGUCAGUUUUCCUAGUUUUAUCCACCAUUUGCUUGGUUUCAUUCAAUUUAAUCCUCGCUCAAAGAAUCUUCACCUGGAGACAUCCCGUUGGAGGAUCCAGAAACUUAUUUUGGAACACCAUGUUUACUUUUUAUGGAUUUGUCAUGGGAUUUAUUGCCAUGACUAUCGUUGCAUCUGUCGUUCCUUAUCUUUAUUUUUUAAGUCCUAAGGUAUUUCGCAGAUAUGUGGUUUGCGUCAAAGUGGCAUCUAUAAUGAUUGUGUUGUAUUCGGUUACUAGUCUUUGUCUCAUUGGAUUAUCUUACUUAUUCCAACCAACAAAGAAAGAUGAAAAUUUAUACACAUAUCAACCUUGGUGGAUAAAAAGUUUCAAUCCAAUGUAUUACGUCGAACAUGGAGCCCCACAAAGAGCCGAAGAAACGUUUAUGAAGAGGAACCAUAAUCAUAGACAUGCUGUAAGGGUUAUAGCUGCCACACGCCAUCAUCACAAUAUGGUAGAAGGACUAACCAAUGAAAGAGGCGACUUGAAACAUAAUGGUUCAUUGGCAAUUUUAACAGUGACUACUGUUUUCAUCCUUGUAGGUACUAUUAGUAGAUGCAUCGCUUGUUUCCAAGCGAGAAUGAGAAGGGAUCAAACUUCAGUUUGUGAUUCUAUCCUAAUGUACAUUUGUUGGGGAGUCUUAGAAACAUUAAUAAACAUUUUGUAUCUCGUUGGAAGAGUUGAUUUGAGAUUUUACAGGCCAGACAGACUCCCUGCCAAGAUAAGGGCAAUUAUUACCGCUCAACAAACUGUUAAUGUAUCAGAUUUUGAAGACAGUGAUGAUGAGUAUGAAAGAUCAUCCGAUAAUGAAGCGAAUGAUCGAAAGAAAUCGGAGCUAUCAGAUGAUAGUGCUAGUGAAUUUAGAUUCUAG